AUGGGGCACCAGAACAGGGGGUCUGGAAACCGGUCUCAGCACGCCUCCACCCACCCAGUCUCCACCCAGCCAGCACCCACCACCCAGCCUCCACCCACCCAGCCUCCACCCACCCAGCCUCCACCCAGCCAGCUUCCACCCAGCCAGCCUCCACCCAGCCAGCCUCCACCCAGCCUGCACCCACCACCCAGCCUCCACCCACCCAGUCUCCACCCAGCCAGCACCCACCACCCAGCCUCCACCCACCCAGCCUCCACCCACCCAGCCUCCACCCAGCCAGCUUCCACCCAGCCAGCCUCCACCCAGCCAGCCUCCACCCAGCCUGCACCCACCACCCAGCCUCCACCCAGCCUCCACCCACCCAACCAACCCACCCAACCAGCCUCCACCCAGCCAGCUUCCACCCACCCAGCCUCCACCCAGCCAGCCUCCACCCAGCCAGCACCCACCACCCAGUCUCCAACCAGCCUCCACCCAACCAACCAGCCUCCACCCAGCCAGCCUCCACCCACCCAGCCUCCACCAACCCAGCCUCCACCCACCCAGCCAGCCUCCACCCAGCCAGCCUCCACCCAGCCAGCCUCCAACCAGCCAGCCUCUUCCACCCAGCCAGCCUCCACCACCCAGCCAGCCUCAAACCGCCCAGCCAGCCUCCACCCAGCCAGCCUCCACCCACCCAGCCAGCCUCCACCACCCAGCCAGCCUCCACCCACCCAGCCUACACCCACCCAGCCUCCACCCACCCAGCCUCCUUCACCCACCCAGCCUCCACCCAGCCUCCUCCACCCACCCAGCCUCCGACCAGCCAGCUUCCACCCACCCAGCCUCCACCCACCCAGCCUCCACCCAGCCAGCACCCACCACCCAGCCUCCAACCAGCCUCCACCCAACCAACCAGCCUCCACCCAGCCAGCCUCCACCCACCCAGCCUCCACCAACCCAGCUUCCACCAACCCAGCCAGCCUCCACCCAGCCAGCCUCCACCCAGCCAGCCUCCAACCAGCCAGCCUCUUCCACCCAGCCAGCCUCCACCACCCAGCCCACCUCCACCCGCCCAGCCAGCCUCCACCACCCAGCCAGCCUCCACCCAGCCAGCCUCCACCCACCCAGCCUCCACCCACCCAGCCUCCACCCACCAAGCCUCCUUCACCCACCCAGCCUCCACCCAGCCUCCUCCACCCACCCAGCCUCCGACCAGCCAGCUUCCACCCACCCAGCCUCCACCCACCCAGCCUCCACUCAGCCAGCACCCACCACCCAGCCUCCACCCACUCUCCACCCACCCAACCAGCCUCCACCCAGCCAGCCUCCACCCACCCAGCCUCCACCCACCCAGCCUCCACCCACCCAGCCAGCCUCCACCCAGCCAGCCUCCAACCAGCCAGCCUCUUCCACCCAGCCAGCCUCCACCACCCAGCCAGCCUCCACCCGCCCAGCCAGCCUCCAACCACCCAGCCAGCCUCCACCCAGCCAGCCUCCACCCAGCCAGCCUCCACCACCCAGCCAGCCUCCACCCACCCAGCCUACACCCACCCAGCCUCUACCCACCCAGCCUCCUUCACCCACCCAGCCUCCACCCACCUGAGGGACAACCAGUGA